UAUCCUUUCUUGUUCGUCGUGUAGAAAAGGCGUGCCGUCGACAAAGGAAAGCUGGAGCAUUUUUCGCUUCAAGUAACUUUUUUCAUGCCCCACCCACUGGGUCCAGCCAUCGCCUGGAGAGGGACGGAGGUUUUUUUCCGUGGCUCGAAGGGAGGUUACUUAGGUUUUGGAUAGACACGGGAAGCGGCGAUUGCUCCGCUUUUUACGGGAAACCGAAGUGCCGCCUUAGAGGAGCCGUCCGACACCGGGACCGACAGCGACACCGGGACCGACACCGCCCCAGCCACCUCGGCCCCCAUCGCGGUCUGCUUCUGCCAGAUCGGCCCCGUUAUCUGUAGGGCGAAAAUGUACGAGAUAUGCAGAAAUAUGGUGUUUCGCAGGGCUCGCUGCUCAGAUGCAGAUCUGGGGAAAAGCUACCAGGAGCUGUUCGAUAAGCUGGACGCCAACGGGGACGGCAGGGUGGACGUGUGGGAGCUGAGAGCGGGGCUGGCCGCCAUGGGGGCGGCCUUCGGUUCCGCAGAGAAGAUAAUUUCUGCUGGUGACACAGACAAGAAUGAAGGACUUGACUUUGAGGAGUUUUCCAGGUAUCUCAAGGAGCAUGAGAAGAAACUCCUUUUGACGUUCAAGAACCUGGACAAAAACCAAGAUGGGACCAUCGACUAUACGGAAAUCAAGCAGGCCCUGGCGGAUCUGGGUGUGACCAUAAGUAAAGAAGAUGCUGAGAAGAUCCUGAGAAGCAUCGAUGUGGACGGGACCAUGACAGUGGACUGGAACGAGUGGAGGGAGCACUUUCUCUUCAAUCCUGCCGAUAACCUUCAGGAUAUUGUCAGAUACUGGAAGCAUUCUACGGUGCUGGACAUCGGGGAUAGUCUCACCAUUCCUGAUGAGUUCACGGAGGAGGAGAAGAAGACUGGCCUCUGGUGGAAGCAGCUGGCAGCUGGGGGCGUGGCAGGGGCGGUGUCCCGCACUGGCACUGCGCCUCUUGACAGAAUGAAAGUGUUCAUGCAGGUGCAUGCCUCCAAGUCCAACAAAAUCAGCCUCAUGGGGGGCUUCAAGCAGAUGAUAAAGGAAGGGGGGGUGUCAUCCCUCUGGAGGGGGAAUGGGGUCAAUGUCAUCAAGAUUGCACCCGAAACUGCCAUUAAAUUUAUGGCCUAUGAGCAGUACAAGAAGCUGCUGUCAGCAGAAAGUGGGAAGGUGCAAAUCCAUGAAAGGUUCAUUGCUGGGUCCCUGGCAGGGGCUACAGCCCAGACGGCCAUCUACCCUAUGGAGGUGAUGAAGACUAGACUGACUCUGAGGAAAACUGGUCAGUACUCUGGCAUGUUUGACUGUGCCAAGAAGAUCCUGAGAAGAGAGGGGUUGAAGGCCUUUUAUAAAGGCUACAUUCCCAACAUCCUGGGCAUUAUUCCCUACGCCGGCAUUGACCUGGCGGUUUACGAGAGUCUGAAGAACGCCUGGCUGUCGCAGUAUGCAAAGGACACCGCCAACCCUGGGAUCUUGGUGCUCCUGGCGUGUGGGACCAUCUCCAGCACCUGCGGACAGCUAGCUAGCUACCCUCUCGCUCUAAUCCGGACCCGCAUGCAAGCACAAGCAUCUCUGGAAGGAUCAGAGCAGCUGUCCAUGAGCCGUUUAGCCAAGAACAUUCUGGAGAAAGAUGGAUUCUUCGGCUUGUACAGAGGCAUUCUCCCCAACUUCAUGAAAGUGAUUCCUGCCGUCAGCAUUAGCUAUGUGGUCUAUGAGUACAUGAAGACAGGCCUGGGAAUAUCCAAGUGAACUCCCCCCCCCCCCCAAGACGGGGUAUUUUCAAUAGUUUUCCGUUCAAGUUUAUUCAGAGAUGUGAAAAGCUCAGGACUGUUGUAUUAAAACUGUUUUUUCCAGAUUAUUCUGUGUUUCUGACAGAAUGGUUCUCACAUUAUAUUUUAUACUUUUUAGCUAUUCCAUUAAGCCUUAAUUGCAUUUUGAUGCAUGUUUUCUUUUAGCUCACUGACACUAUAAACCAAAUCACGCCCGUCUCUGAAUGCAGUCGAUGUGUGCAGGCUAUGAAAGAUGUGGCUGGUAUAUGAACGAAUGACAGAUUUGGCGGGUAGGUGAUGUCCAAAGACUUACUGCAUGGGCACUUUAUACUGUGUUCAGAAGCUGAGGCUGACAUUCUGUGCCUUAACAUUUGUUUGUUUUUCAUUUGCCCCCUUUUUCGUUUGCCCCUUCCCCAAAGUUUUGUUUUAUUGACACAACCCUGUUUACAGUCUUUUCAAUACAAUAUUCUUUUGAUA